AUGAUGGGUAGGCAAAGUGUCGUUUUGUUGGGAUUUAUUAUCUGCAUUGUCAUAGCUGGAGUGGGUGGUCAAGCACCACCAACACCCAACACCCAAGCACCACCAACACCCAACACCCAAGCACCACCAACACCCAAUACCCAAGCACCACCAACACCCAACAACCAAGCACCACCAACACCCAACACCCAAGCACCACCAACACCCAACACCCAAGCACCACCAACACCCAAUACCCAAGCACCACCAACACCCAACACCCAAGCACCACCAACACCCAAUACCCAAGCACCUCCAACACCAACUAACCAAGCUCCCCCUACACCCACUAACCAAGCUCCACCUACACCCACUGGUUCUCCUCCCCCAGUUAACACCCAAACGCCGCCUGCUUCACCACCUCCUGUUGUAACUUCUCCACCACCAGCCGUUUCAUCUACACCUCCACCAGCACCGCCAGUGAACUCUCCACCACCUCCAGCAGCAACUUCACCUGCGCCACUUGUAUCAACUCCUGCUCCCGCUCCUGCAAAGAAAUUAACUUCUCCAGCACCAUCUCCUUUGGGCUCGACUCCUCCCUUAACUCCCGCUGGUUCUCCAGCCCUAGCCCUAGCCCCGAGUCUUGGAGCUUUAUCUCCUACAGCUACUGAUCAGAGUGGAGGGGAGGGCCUAAAGUUGUCAACAAUGGUUGUGGAAAGCUUGGUCUUAGGAUGGGGUCUACUCUGCUUUCUAAUGUAGAACUCUCUUUUCAUCCUGCAUCAUUUGUUUUAAUUUGCUUCUAUAUGUAUGAAUUGCUAUCUCUUUCUUUAGCUUAGGAUGAUGAUGAUGAUGAUGGCCCAUUUCCUUGCCUGUACUUGGAUUAUACAUUCACUUGGAUUUUUUUGGAGGAUCUUGUUUAGGGAGCUUAAUUUUUGUAUUUUGAGAGGACUGUUUUUUAAUUGAAAUUUCUAUAUCUUGUUUUAUCUAUUA